GCUUCCCCAACUACACAAUCACAGUCACAAAGCCAAUUAAGCAUUCUUGUUCAAGGCGAUCUUAUUGGUAUAGAUCUUAUUUGGGACAUUGCUCUUCGUGCUGAAGAGGAAGCAGUUGGCAAAGAAGCCAUUGUCUUUUUAGUGUAUCUUCAUUUAAAUACGGAUAAAAAAUUAGAAAAUUAUACCACUUUAUCUCGUCAACAUCGUGAAGCAUUAGUUGACAAAUGUGUUGGGCAUCUAUUUGCCGCUGCAAACGGCUUGUCGAGUUCUUUACUCUUCCCUGCAGAGAAUUACGACUUAAAGCAAGGAAAUAAACAAAGUGUGAUGUUAGGAGCUGGCAUGUCUGACGAAACGCAGAUACUAUCUACUAACAAUGAGACAUCUAACGCCUUGAAGUUUAAGAGAUGUUUACAG